UUUUGUUUAAGGUGUCUAGACCGUUCGUUUUUCAUUGGAUUUGCUUUCUUCGAGGCAAUACCAUGUUUAUGCUAUCUAUUAAUUGGAGACAGGUUAUCGAAUCCAUUGAUGGGAGACGUGGGCUUCUAUUUAUUUAUUUUUACCCAGUUCGUGACAUUUAUUGGCUUCAUUGAGACAUUAAUGAGCACCAUCUCCAUUAACCGACAUAGUGAUGCUGUGGUUAUGUGGACCUUGCUUUCUUUUCAGUUCGUUGUUUUAUACUUAUGCUUUUCUUUGGAACCUAAGAACAAGCAGUCAAUUAUAAUAGCAUCGGUUUUCCGACUAGUCUGCUAUACCACAUUAGUUGUUUUGCUCAGUUUAAAAGAGAGGCAACUUAGGAAGCUUGAUGACCUGCUUGUGCAAAUUGAAAAGGACCAGCAUACAAGUUUCCAGAUUGAUUUCCGCAAAUCACCUGAUGACCUUGCCUCCCGUGCGUCAGAUGUGGAUCGUCAAAUUAUCCGGCAUGAUCAACCACAAGAUAUCCAGGGGGAGGAUGAAGAUAAGGAUGGCAAGUUACCCGGUAACAAGCGCUCAGUUAUGUUAUAUCUCCACCAUAAAUAUAAGAAUUUGGCGCUUCUUGUAUUAUUUCUUAUUUUGGAGGCAAUAUCAUUUGUAUUGGAUUCCAUUGGGAAAGGCAAGCUUCGUUUCACUUUGGCUGCAUUUCUCUUGGCACUAUUUGUCUUUAUCCCAACGUUAUGGGUUUAUUUGAAGGGAAGAUCCACCAGAUUACUAGAUGAGAGACCAAGUGCGAACGUGGAGCUUUUAGUUUCUGGGAUCCAAUUACUCACAACAAUCCUUCACCUUAUUUUCUUACAGAAGGGUGUGUAUGACAAGUAUAAUCUAUCAUUAUUGCCGCUAGCCUUCGCUGUUUUUCGUGCUUUCUCUGUCGUCUUUGCCUUCAGAAAGGAGCAUGAAAAUGGUACUCAUAAUGCGGCUGAGCCACCAGCUGAAAAUCAAGUCAAUCAGCUGCACAAUGGAUUACGAAAUAUUAUGGUACAUAUGGCAGUGACAGGGAUGCGUUUGAACAUGAUGAUUGAUUUGACAAUGGUUACCUGCUAUGAACAACUUUUUAGGAAACUGAGGGAUGAAAUGUUUCAAACUGAGAAAGUGCUGUGGGGAGACAGACACAGAUGGAAUGUACUUUACCUUGACAUUUCCGAUGAAGCUCAUUACUUGCGUGAAGAUGAAAUUUCUUGGGGUGAAUUCUGCAUGGCUGCCAGGAAAAUAUGCAUCUACCGAAAAGAAGUCCGUAAAGAGUUAUACAGGAGAUGGGAAUCUAUGCCAAGAACCAGCAAGAAAGGAUCGGAAAGAGCUUUAUUUACAUAGGAGCUGUUGAACGUGUGUCUCAAGAUGCUGCGGAGGUGUUGCUGACUUGGAAGUGCUGAAUAGAUUGAUUAGGUGGUAGCUGGAAAAGAGGUGUUUCAGUUACUGGUGGAAUGAGUCAAGUUUCUGAAGUUGUUAAACUAAGUGGUUGCUAGAAAUUAGACAUUAAGAUUAUUAACUGCUAUUAGUCUAAUCAUGCUUGUUAACUGUUGUUCUUAUAUUCCUGCAGCACUUUUUUAGUAUAUUGUUUGUUGAAUUUACUCGUAUAAAUUGCACUUUCAUUCAAUGAAAUAGGUAGAUAA